AUGCCGGGGUUUGUGGCUUUGCUGGCCGUUUUUGCAGCCCUCUCGGGCGGGUCAAGGAGCUCCGUGGUUGGGGAGGAGAGGACAACACCGGCGGCGGCGGCGGCAGGGGUGAACAGCUCCGCGGUGGCCCGGGUGGAGAGCUCCGGGGACGGGGACAGAGGAGCGGGGCGGGCUGCCUGCCACGGCCGCUGUCGGUGCGAGGUGGACGGGCUGCUGCACCGGGUGGACUGCUCGGACCUAGGGCUCCGGGAGGUACCGAGCAACCUGAGCGUCUUCACGUCUUACCUUGAUCUCAGCAUGAAUAAUCUGACUGUGUUGUCCGCUGGCGCUCUGACCAACCUGCCCUUCCUGGAGGAGCUGCGUUUGGCGGGAAACGAUCUGUCAGUCAUCCCCAGAGGAGCGUUCACCGGCCUUUACAACCUGAAAGUGCUGAUGCUCCAGAACAACCAGCUGAUGUCUGUACCUGCUGAGGCCUUCAACAACCUGCACAACCUGCAGUCACUCCGCCUGGACGCCAAUCACAUCUCCAGCGUUCCCAUUGGCUGUUUCUCCGGCCUGCGCUUGCUUCGUCACCUGUGGUUGGAUGAUAACUCUCUGACGGAGGUGCCGGCGGAGGCGCUAAGCGAGCUGCCAGCCCUGCAGGCCAUGACGCUCGCCCUCAACCACAUCAGCCACGUGCCAGAUCACGCCUUCAGCAAGCUGGGCCGCCUGGUGGUGCUGCAUCUCAACAACAAUAGGAUUGUUUCCAUGGGAACAAACUGCUUCCAAGGACUCCACAAUUUGGAGACGCUAGAUUUGAACUACAACAGCCUGGUUAAGUUUCCGAUGGCGAUAAAGUCCCUCAGUCACCUGAAGGAACUUGGUUUCCAUAGCAACAACAUCCAGUCCAUCCCGGAGCACGCCUUCACGGGGAACCCCUCUCUCAUCACCAUAUUUUUCUACGACAACCCGAUCCAGUCUGUUGGACGAUCUGCCUUUCAGAACCUACCAGAGCUACGCACACUCUCUCUCAACGGAGCGGCAGAUCUCACUGAGUUUCCAGAUCUGACGGGAACCAAGAGCCUGGAAAGCCUGACUAUCACAGGAGCUCGGAUCACCUCUCUGCCCAGUUCAGUGUGUGAGCAGCUUCCAAACCUUCAGCUGCUAGAUCUCUCCUAUAAUCAGAUCCAGACUCUUCCCAGCUUCUCCGGCUGUGAGAGCGUUCAGAAGAUUGAUCUGCAACAUAACGAGAUAGAGGAACUGGAGGAGAACACCUUCCACAGUCUGAUGUCACUACGCUCUCUUGAUUUGUCUUGGAACAGACUGUCAACAGUGAAGCCGAACUCUUUCUCUGCUCUGCCGGCUCUCACCAAACUUGACCUGUCGUCCAAUCAGCUGUCGUCUCUGCCUCUGAUUGGUCUACAGAGUUUAACUCACCUGCGAUUGGCUGGAAACACACAGCUGAUGGAGUUAAUACCCCGAGAGGACCUGCCCCGAGUCAGGGUGAUGGAGCUUCCUUACGCCUUCCAGUGCUGUGCCUUUGUUUCCUGUGAGAGGAGAGGAGGAGGUGCAUCCUGGGAGAGAGAGGAGACUGCAGACUCCACAGGGAAAGAAACGUCCGUCCUCUCCAGCCAAGUAGAUCAGGACUGGGAGGAUUUCUUGAUAGAGUUUGAAGAUGACCCCAAACUUCAACAGUCUGUCCACUGCAGCCCUGCACCAGGACCUUUUCGGCCCUGCCUCCAUCUGCUCGGCAGCUGGUUGAUCCGUGGCGGCGUGUGGCUCAUUGCGGCUCUGUCAUUGGUCAGCAACAGCCUGGUUGUCCUGUCCGUCUUCUUUUCUCCCGCCCCCUCGGUGACCCCACCCAGGCUGCUGAUUGGUCUGCUGGCCCUGGUGAACGGCCUGAUGGGAGUGUGGAGCGGGUGGUUGGCGGCGGUGGAUGCCUGGACGUUUGGCAGCUUCUGGAGGUACGGAGCGAUUUGGGAGAGCAGCUUCCUGUGUCGCCUCAGCGGCUUCCUGUGUGUGUUUGCAUCUCAGACCGGCCUCUUCCUGCUCACGCUCGCGGCUCUGGAGCGCUGCCUGGCCGCCGCCGCCGCCGCCGCACGCCACGAACCAGACGGACACAAUGGCCACUCGUCGCCGCUCCCCGUGCGUCUGGCCGUCUGUCUGUGCUUCCUGUCGGGCCUCGCGGUCACGCUGCCCCCCCUGGUGGCGGGACACAGCAGCACCUCCCUCUGUCUGCCGCUGCCUUCCUCCUCCUCCUCAUCCUCCCUGGCCUUCUCCGUCUCCCUGGUGCUCCUCGACUCGCUGUGCUUCCUCGCCAUGACGCUCGCCUACACUCGCCUCUACUGUCGGGCCGACAAAGCCGCGCCCGCCGCCGAGGAAGAGGUGGCGCUAACGCGACACGUGGCCUGGCUGCUCUUCUCCGACUGCCUCCUCUACCUCCCUGUGGCCUUCCUCUCCUUGUCCUCGCUGCUGCGCCUCUCCGUGGCCGGGCCGGAGGCGGCUAAGGGGGUGCUGCUGCUCGUGGCUCCGCUGCCGGCCUGCGUCAACCCACUGCUCUACAUCCUGUUCAACCCGCUCGCUCGCCAGGAGCUGGCAGCGCUCGCCAAAUGCACCUGCGGGGGUAUGGAGGUGCCCAGACUCUCGUCUGUGUGA